AUGGCUCCUGUACCACCAGGCCUCAAGAAGCCCUCCGCCCGAACCCUGCGCCACCAGCGCGUAACAGGUCAAAUCCACCCUCAAGCGCCCCAAAAAGUCUUCCGCGACGACGCCGCCGUAACAGACGACUUCCUCUCCACCAAGCGCGACAAGCGUCUGAUCAAGCACUCCUCCUUCGUAUCCCGCAUCCAAUCCGCGCGCGUCUCAAAAUCCGCCAAGCGCCGCCGACCAAGCAAGAAACUCGCUACCACACUCGACAGUCUCGCUGAUGCGCUGCCGGAGCUUGAGGAGGCGGGUGCGGAGCAGCAGGGCAAGAUCAGGCAUAAGAGUUUGAAGAGCAAGAGGGGUGCGCUGAAGAAGAAGGAGAGGGUUGUUAAGGGCGAGAUGGAGAGGUUUGGGGUCAAUAUGGCGACGUUGGCGGCGCAGCAGAAGAAUAGUGUUGAGGAUGAGAGGAUGGCGGAGGAGAAGAAGGAUGCGCCUGCGCCUGCGCCGACAGCUAAUCGGUGGGCGGCGUUGAGAGGAUAUAUCUCUUCCACAAUGGAGCAGAACCCUGCUUUUGCUGACAAGCAGUAA